AUGCUUGAGCCAAAGGUAGAGUGUUUAUACAUGCCAUCUUUCAGAAAAGGCAUUCUCAGAACAGCAGGCCUGUUUUUUGCGUCUGGAUAUGCAGUAGGAGCCGUGUUUGGCGCAAUCGCACUCAGUAAGAGGAACUACGGGCAGUUUGUUGCAAAUAGAAUGUGUGUUUGUGGGCUUGCUGUGCAGUUUGUGCGAAGGGCCGUAUGUGCAAUUGCAGCGCGGACACAUUAA